UGUUGUUAUUAAAAGCACCAUUAUUUUGUUGUUGUAUUGGAAGUGCAAAAAGUGAAUGGAGUACCAGAAUAUUCACUCACCAGUUUUAUACUAUGUAGGUGUUUUGAAUCAUUUUAUCUGUUAUAUAUACAGGAUAGGAAUAUUUACAAACUCUCGUGUCAUUCAUGGAAUGCUGAAGGAGUACAUUAACUAAAUGAAGAUAGAUUAAGGAAUGAUAGAGUUAUGUCCCUUGUUUGAGCUGUGGGCAGUGUGGUGAUUGAUUACUCGACAGUCUUGUCAUUACCCUAUUGUACAGAGAAGCAGGCAGAUUGUUUUAAUUUGGUUGUCCAUGUGUGUGUAGGUCUGUCACGAUGUAAAGCCCUAAGUAUUUGAGAGAGAUGCCUUGAAUGCCACAGAACUGAGCACACAAUCCUCAUGUCGUGGUCUGUAGUAUGCUGUUAUGUCACAGAGUACCUCACCUGAUCAGGCAUCAUCUUCCUCCAAAUCUGAUGAUAGUUGCACUGUGAAAGAACAGCCUUUUGCUCACACGCCUGUUGCAAAAGAAGGGCGUCGACAAUUACCACCAAUACCCAGUCCUGAUACACAACUUGCCAUGGCAUCUGAAAUCAAGCAGCGACAAAACGUUUCACCCAGGACGGGAUCAAACGGACAUGGACAGCUGUUUACAGAGUACAAACUCAUGGCUGAAUAUAACUUAUUAAUGACCCACAAGUGCCCUGGCUGUUACGUGAUUCCCUCUGCUCUGACACCACUGAUUUGGCAUGGUGUGUUGUUCAUCAGACAGGGAAUGUAUCAAGAGGGAGUUUUUAGAUUUAUUCUUACCAUUCCUGAAAAUUUCCCUGAUGGAGAUUGUCCAAGUCUAGUCUUUACCUUUCCGGUCUUUCAUCCUUUAGUGGAUUCAACAACAGGGGAAUUAGAUGUAAAGAGAGCGUUUCCCAAGUGGAGAAAAAGCACAAACCAUAUUUGGCAGGUGUUGAUGUAUGCUCGGAGAAUUUUCUACAAAAUUGAUACCAAACUUCCAUGGAAUAAAGAAGCAGCUGCAUUGUAUGACAAUGAGCCAGAAGCUUUCCGAAAAGAAGUUCUAAAGACGGUGAAUACGAGUAAAGAGAAAAUACAAGAGCCAGUCAAAUCAGAUGAUCCACAUAUACUGAGGUUCACCCCUCUUGAUGAUAGUUCUCAUGAAGAAGUGCGAAAGCAGAUGAUGAGUAUGCAGGUCAGUCAAAGUGAACUCGGUGGUGUCAAACCAGGCCUUUCAUGGAUGAAACCCGGAAGUGUUCAGAUUUUUGCCCGAGAAGAUUCUGCAUUAGCAUGAUUACAAUCCUGUUCCAUGUUCCUUCUCAUAGAGAAGGCCAAGUGUACACACACAUGACUGUGUGCUUUGUAAUCAUGCAGAAAUUCAAACUUUGGGAUGGUUCAGACAAACAAAUUUUUUUUUUAAAUGGUGCUCAUUUUGUAUGCAUGUGUAUUUGUAUGAGAUCAAGUUUAAGGACGACAUUUCAAUACAGUGAUUAUAAACAUUUGAUAUUAUAUAGCACAUUGACCAUGAUGAAAUCUAUGCAUGCAGUGUCUGUAUUUGCACAUUGUUAAUUUUACUUGUACAUAUUAUGGAAAACUUGUCAGAUUUCCUUGUUACAUUUCAUUCUAAACUGGGGAGUGAUUUGCUGGUGAUUAAUAUGAGAACUCGAAUUGAAUACAUGUACAUGUAGUAACAUUUUAAAUACAAAGAAAAUACAUAUUUUGGAGGUUGUAAAACCAUUUUAUGAUAGACAUGUUAAUGUUACUUGUAAAUUGAAAUUGACAUGUGUAGAACAACACUUAGCAGCUGAACAUUUUCAUUUUGAUGUGAAUUAUAUACUAUGUAUCUGAAAGACCUGUGAGGUGUAGGUUUUACCGGGGAAAACUGGAGUGCAAUACUCAGCUGUAAUAUUUUCAAUUAUAUGCUUAAAACAACAACAAAUGCUGUCAGGAUUGUGAAUCCAUCGAACUGUAGAUUUAAUUUAUGUCUGUACUGUCACUGUUUUCUUUGUCUGUCAUCAACAAGAUCAUCUAUUGAAUGUAACAUCCUUUUGUAGGGAUACAAAAAGUAGUCUUCUUCACCACUAUGUGGUAUUCUCUGUGUGGAAUAUAUCUUAUUCUGGAAUUCAUGAAGUUUGAAAAAUUCUGACAGCUUUUUAUCAGAAUUCAAAGUGCAUGUACAUGUAUUCAGAUAAAGACUUUUUUCUUUCAAUGGUCUUUUCUUAAUGUGUGGUUGUUGAUAAUUUUACUACAGCAUUUUUUUCAAUGAAUUAGAUAUUGUUACCUAGAUAUUUAUUUCUCUCAUUACCAACUGGUGUUUUGAAUGUUGUGCAUCUCUAUUUUAUAUAAUGUGGAAUUUACUUUCUUAAACAUAUCAUUUGAUGAAAGAUUUACGAUUUCUUGUUUUUAUGGACAACAUUACUAUGUAGUUGAUAGACAAUACUAUCAUUUUAUUUCUUAUCAUGUUAUAUAUUUGAGAACAUAGAGCAUCAAAUAAAAUGAAAUUUAAAUUUGGA